GCAUCAGGUCCUUCUACACUGAAUGUCAGCUGGCUUGCUCCUCUCCUCUACCCUGAAGUUGUAUUGGGUUAUAUAGUGCGAUGUGCACCGGAGAGUGACAAUUCCAACAUCAUGGAACUCUCAAGAUUAAACACAAGAUUCAACGCCCAGUUCCAUAAUUUGAUACCAAACACAACCUACAACUGUGAAGUACAUACAACUAGCAAUUUUGGGAAUAGCACCCCAGCUACAGACACUUCCAGCACCCUUCCACGAGAGAAUGCAACAGGACUCUCCAACGUAAGAGCAGGGCAAUUAUCUUAUGCUCCAAGACUUAGAGAAAAUGAAUCAAGUACCUCAGUGAUUGUCAUUGAGUGGGGUGUUUCUUCUACAAACAUUCCUAACUCAAUUCUCUAUGAAGUUGAGUAUACCCUGACUCCAUUUCGUCAACCUGCAAUGGAUCCAGCGAAAACGUUUACUACAGAUACAUUCAUUCGUCUGGAAAAUCAAACAUUUUUCACUGAAGUGAAUGUUACUGUAACUCCUCAUACUCUAUGGUUGGAGUCUGAUGAUAGUUUAUCUGUCACCUCUGUCUUUUCAUCACCUCCCAGGGCACCAGGAAAGGUUAUGAAUGUCAAGGCAUAUGUGUUCCGACCAAGUCUAGAGGAUGAUAAUGCAAUUACUGCUCUUAUUGUAUGGGAUCCUCUUGAUGGCACUGUUAGUAACUACAGUGUGAGCAUAAGCGGUGGUUCAGCAAAUCUUGAGUUAACGACCAUGGAGAAUGAAUCUUACGUCAUUGUAAGAGAAUUUUCCGAUUUAAACGUGCUCUCCUAUCCUUUGAAGAAUAAUGAAAUGUACAAUGUGCAGGUGUCUGCUGUUAAUAAUGGAGGUACUGGAGUUUCGUCUGAUUCGAUUACUCUCUCAACUAAUGAUGUGAGUCCACCACAAGAGCUGUUGGCAGUAACCAGUGGUCAGUCAUUUCUAUACGGAGGCUCUGGAAUAGGAGCAACGUAUGUGGCUGUUCACCCAGUCUCUGUGAAUACCAUCUCGCGACUUAUGUACUGGUACAACAGUACCAUAAACUCUAUACUGAUGCAAUCACUGGAUGGAGAUACAAUAUCUGUUUUUCUGAAAGAUCUUCAAAUCAAUGUCUCCACUAUGGCGUUUGAGUGGCAAGGAGAGAGACUCUAUAUGGCUGGACAGAAUUUAGCUACCAACCUGUUUGAAUUGUGGCGGGUACCGGUGGUGUAUUCGUACAAUAUUGAAAGAGUGCACACAAUCCUCGAUCCUGUGAAGUCUUUGACCAAUUUGGUUGUGGACUCUUUUCGAAGGGGGAGAGCAUACUGGCUCCAAGAGAAUAACGAUGGAAAUGUGUCCCUAGAAUUGCUACACCUGGGUAGCAAUGUACAACAACAGGAGACUGUCAAUCUCUCUAACCUUACUGUGUCAGCUCUUACUCUUGAACCACACACUGGGGAUCUCUGGGUUUCAAACAAAACCAAUGGGAAAAUACUCAGAUGUCCAUGGAGUAGUGGAGCUUGUGAAGAGGUGGUCAAUACAGAUAUGAUGGUAACCAGUAUCACGCAGGAUGAAAGUAUGAUGUAUUGGACAAAUGGUUCUGUCAUUGCAUCAGUUGAUGUUGCUGAAUCUAGUACGCCAAAUGUGUGGAUCCCUUUUGAAGACUGCAAAAUAAUUUCUAUACGCACAUUAAGCCCUGGCCAACAACCUCAGUAUUGUAAGAAAAAGCACCAAGUAUUACCACCUUUCUGGUACCACAUGCAUUUAACGAUUUUUAUAUAACUCUACUGCAAAAUGAACGUAAUAGGAAAAAGAUCCUGACUGUGAUUAAGUGUUAUUGGCAUAGCAAAGUACUGUUCACAUGUACAGUACUGUAGGAAUAACAUGUGUGACUUAGAACUAACUUAUGAAAAAAUCACACUUUUAAAGGACGU